AUGAUAAUAUUUACACCAGAAAUGCCUCGAAGAGGAACAGCUAAACGUAAGCGCAUUGUUGAACGAAGACGCACAACAGUAACAGCAGUUGAAUUCAAAUAUGCUAAUGGUACGACUGUCCAUAAAAUUCGCCGGAAAGUAUUAAAACGUAAGCCACCAUUACGUGUCUAUCCAUACGAACAAACACCUAUUUUACGUAGCAAUCAAACACAGGAUGAAAUUCUCGCUAAAAUGCGAAAAGAGAAUUUGACCGAUGAAAACUAA